GACUUGUAAGCUGCAGAGAGAAGACAAGUAGUGCCUAAGAGAUAGGAGGCUGAGUGAGAGGGACAUACUAUGGCAGCUACCAGUGACCGGUCACCACGCAGCUUGCCUCCAGCUCCAUGCACCUCGGGGACAAGCUUUGCGGAGUUCUCCAUGAGAGAGCGAAUGAGAGAGAAACUGAAAGCUGCACGGUCUAAAGCAGAAAGUGCUCUUCUGCAAGAAGCCUCAGGUCCUCAUCUGCGGUCCCUGAAAAGCCUCAGAGAGAUGAAAGCACAAACUGAGAUAGGAACAGAUGAAGGUGAACUGAGUGCAACAGAAGAGAAUAAAUGCAAGGUGUCAGCAAGAGUAAAGUUCCAUGAUUCUGUCAGAAAAGUCAAGCAAAAAUCACAGGCUAGUUAUCCUUCUUCUGAAGAAGCCUAUAACUUCUUCACUUUCAAUUUUGGUCCUGAACCAGAGAAUGCUGUGGAUGAAAUGCAAAACAAGACUAAGGGCGUGUUGAAUCUAGAUGGCAAGGAGAGGGAAAAUCAGGAAUCUGCACUCAGCCCCCGAGAAGAACAGGAAGAAAAUGAAAUGGAUGAAGAGGAGCAUCUUGUUCAUGAAAAAGAGGAUGAUGACCUAUUCCUUAUAGAACACACAGCCCCGGACUUCCUAGUGACUAGACCUGCAGAAUAUGAAAGCUACUCUGCUCGCGUGCAGAAAGAGAGAGAAAUAUUGUUUAUCCCAAGUAUGCUAAGAGUGCCUGCCUCUCUGAAGGUACCAGAAAAUAUGCAGCCAAGGUACCUCGAGGAUGAAGGUCUGUACACAGGAGUGCGUCCUGCUGUGUCACUGUCAAACCAAAAUAUUGUAGAGAACAGGAUUCUCAAGCAGGAACAGGGGAAAAGGUGGUUUGGAGAUGAUGGCCAGAUUCGGGCUUUGCCCAAUCCAGUUAAACAGUCUCUAACUAGACCUCCAAUAUUCCCAGUCGAGGACGGUAAAGAACCAGAGCUGGUGACAUUUUAUAAAAAGGCCAUAAAAAUGAGGCUUGCUAAUCAGUACAUUGUCGGAUCCGGGGACCCUCAGGGGCAGUUUCAGCUGGAUCUCGAUAUUUCUGGAUUAAUAUUCACGCACCACCCCUGCUUUAGCCGUGAGCAUGUCUUGGCAGCCAAGCUGGCUCAGUUGUAUGAUCAGUAUCUAUCAAGGAGACAGAAAAAUAUUACCGAACUUCUUACAGACAAGCUGCGUGCUCUGAGAAACGCCUUGGAGAAUAUUUCAGAUCCUGGCGAAGGUGGGAUUCUUAAUCCAGUAGCAAAACAAAGCAGAACUGAAUACAAGGUUGAAAUAAGGCAGACAAGACGACUUCGUGAUGUUGAGCAAGAAAGAGAUAGGACAUUGCUUAAGGCCAUUAUCAAAGUUUGGAAAGAAAUAAAAUCCCUGCGUGAUUUCCAGAAGUUCACUAACACACCCCUGAAGCUCUACCUGAGGAAGGAAGAUGUUGAUCAAAGGUUGGACGAGAAGACAUAUGAAGCAGAAAUUCAGGCUGAAAUAUCUGAGUUAAUAGAAGAAAACAUUGAAGAGUAUGAAAAGAAAAUGGAAGAAUAUAAAACUGAACUUCAAGAGUGGAAAUCUUGGAAGAAGGCACAGAAAAUCAGAAAGAAGAAGAAGAAGAAGAAAACAAGCCAAAAUACAGAUGAUGAAGCAGAAGCAGAAGAAGCAUCCGAGUGUGUGGAAGGGGAACGGAUGAAACCUGUUUCUCCACCGCCCGUAGUUGACAGGUUGGAGGUGGAACAGGGGGUUCGAGAGAGAGCUGCUAAGAUUAGAAGGAAACCAGGAGAAUCCAUUCUAAUUCCUGAGUUGAGCUUGACGGGGAGCGUCACUCCAAACGAGCUUUGUCCUAGGGCUGAAGUUUCAAGACGCGAAGAUGUAAAGAAACGUUCUCUGUUCCUAAAAGUCCUUUUCAAUUCAAAAGAGGUGUCGAGAACAGUGUCCCGGCAGAUGAGCUCAGACUUUAGAGUUCAUUUUGGGCAGAUUUUCAAUUUGCAAAUAUUCAACUGGCCAGAGAGUUUGAAGCUGCAGCUCUAUGAAACAGUUGGGCUCGGCAGUGCUAACUUGCUGAUGGAAGUGUUCAUACCAGUCCCUGAGACUACGGUUCUCACCGGCAGAGCUCCUGUGGAAGAAGUGGAAUUCAGCAGUGACCAGCGUGUGCAACUGGACCACGAAGGCGUGGGAAGUGGUGUACCAAUUUCAUUUGAAGUUGAUGGCAGUAAUAAAAUGAUUUUAAUGACCUCAGGCAAAGUGUCCUGCAGUGUUUCCUGGGCAGUUGGAGAAAAUGGGAUACCCUUAAUUCCACCAGCAUCACAGAAGAGUGCUGGAAUCUCAAGUGCUUUAAAGAAUAUUGAUGCCAUUGCAUCAAUCGGCACAUCGGGGUUGACUGACAUGAAGAAACUUUCCAAGUGGGUAGCAGAGGCAAAGCUUGAUCCAAAUGACCCAAGCAAUGCUGCUCUGAUGCAACUCAUAAAGGUUGCUACAAGCGGUGAUGCUUCUGUUCCUGAUUUCUUCCGGCUGGAGCAGCUGCAGCAAGAAUUUAAUUUUGUUUCUGAUGAGGAGUUUGACAGAUCUAAAAGAUUCCGGCUUCUCCAGCUCAGAAAUAGCGAAGUGGCUGAGUUUCGAAGUUAUAAGUGCGUCCCAUUGCUGGAAAGAGAAAUCAGCGAAAGAAUCUUCCAGGAGUACGAGAAAAGAUUGCGCGAAAGGGAUGUCGUUGAUACUAAAGACCACCUGGAUGCACACAGAGCAUUAGUUGCAAAGUACCUCCAAAAGGUUAGGGAAUCAGUCAUUAACCGAUUUCUGGUCGCAAGGCAUCAUUUUCUCCUUUCCGAUCUGGUCAAUGAAGAUGAAAUCCCUACUCUUGGCAUUUUGGGACUCAGCCUGUUUAAAUUGGCGGAGACAAAAAGACCCUUAAAACCAAGACGGAAGGAGAGGAAAAAAGUAACUGUGCAAAAUCUCUCAGAUGGUGACAUAAAACUCUUGGUGAACAUCAUUAGAGCAUAUGAGAUUCCCAUUAGAAAGCCUGUUGGGAGCAAGCUUCAGCAGCCAUCUAAAUCCUCAUGGUCCUUCAAUGAGAUGUUUGCUGCUUCUGCGCCUCCACAGAGCCCAACCCACAGCAUAGACUGGGCGUUUAAUCAGGUCUUAGUACGACCUUUCGUAGAAGUUUCUUUUCAGCGAACGGUUUGCCGAACAACCACUGCUGAAGGACCAAACCCAAACUGGAAUGAGGAGCUUGAACUUCCAUUUAGAGCCCCUAAUGGUGACUACAGCACCUCCAGCUUGCAGUCAGUGAAGGAUGAUAUCUUCAUCAACAUUUUUGAUGAAGUAUUGUACGAUGUCCUAGAGGAUGAUCGUGAAAGAGAAUGCGGCGGAGUUCAUACGCGUGUCGAGAAGCACUGGCUUGGUUCUGUUCGGAUUCCGUUUACAACCGUAUAUUUUCAAGCAAGGAUAGAUGGUACGUUUAAGGUAGAUAUUCCUCCAGUUCUUCUUGGAUACAGUAAGGGGAAAAAUCUUGGAAUUGAAAGAGCCUAUGAUUCCAUUCGAAAUCUGAGUGAAGGAUCCUAUCUAUCGCUGUUUAUUACCAUUGAACCCCAGCUCAUUCCUGGAGAAUCAGUUCGCGAAAAGUUCGACACCCAGGAAGAUGAACAACUUCUCCAAGCAGCUGAGAGGUACCAAGCUGAAUGUGCGCUCAAGUUUCCAAGUCGCCCGUGCCUGACUACUGUAAUUGACAUCAAUGGGAAAACAGUCUUCAUCACUCGCUACAUCAAACCUCUGAACCCACCAGACGAGCUCCUGCGGGUUCAUGCCGACAAUCCCCAAGAAACGUCAGAGUUGGUGGCCCGCUAUGUUGCCUUGAUUCCUUUCUUACCUGACAGCGUGUCAUUUGCUGGAAUCUGUGACUUGUGGAGUACAUCAGAUCAAUUCCUUGAUCUUUUGGCUGGAGAUGAAGAAGAGCAUGCUGUACUCUUGUGCAAUUAUUUUCUUGCUCUAGGCAAAAAGGCCUGGCUUUUAAUUGGAAGUGCUAUUCCUGAGGGACCAACAGCAUAUGUGCUAACUUGGGAACAGAAUCAGUAUGUGAUCUGGAAUCCAAGUUGUGGCCGUUUUUAUGGACAGUAUGAUGCUUUCUGCCCCUUGCAGAGUGUGGGCUGCCUCAUUUCCUGUGACAAUGUUUGGUUCAAUAUUCAACAAUAUGAUUCUCCACUAAGAAUAAACUUCGAUGUCAGCAAACCAAAAUUCUGGAAACCCUUUUUUUCACGAAGUUUACCAUUUCCUGGUCUCUCCAGUGUGCAGCCUGACAAACUAGUCUAUCAACGGGUGGACAAGACAGCUGCCCUAGAACUACAGAACAGACUUGAGAAGAUACUGAAAGAAAAAAUCAUGGGAUGGAGGCCAAGACACUUGACACGUUGGAACAGAUACUGUACCUCUACUCUCCGACACUUCUUACCUCUGCUGGAAAAAAAUCAAGGCAAAGAUGUAGAGGAUGACCAUCAGGCGGAAUUACAGAAGCAACUAGGAGAUUACAGGGUGUCAGGAUUUCCUAUCCACAUGGCAUUUUCAGAAGUUACACCUUUAGUGGAGGCGGUAUAUAGUACUGGAGUUCAUAGCAUUGAUGUUCCAAACAUAGAGUUUGCAUUAGCUGUGUAUGUUCAUGCAUACCCUAAAAACAUUCUUUCAGUGUGGAUUUAUGUUGCUUCACUGGUUCGUAAUAGGUAAGAGUUACUCAGACUUACUUUUUACUUGUAGUAUUUAAAUUCAUUAGUAUCACCUUAUGAUUUUGUAUUAAACUCUGGAUCAUUAAAAUGUGCAGAUUAAAAUGCUGGAAGGAGUUUCUUAA